GCGCUCCCUCCACCAGACGUCGACACACCUGGCGGGUCCACACUAGGUCACAAAACACCCUUGUGAGCUGCCACUCCUGACGCCCGGCGGAGGGCACGGGGCGGCCUCGGCACGCGGAGAGGGCGGCCAUGGCCAACGGAGGCCUUGAUGGGCGGAGCCAGGGCCCGCGGCCACAGUCCUCCACCUUCCCGGCCGGCCCUGCGCCGCUGGCCCCGCCCCUGCCCCCCGCGCAGCGCUGCGCGGCCGCUCAUUGGCUACUUAGGACGGAAGCUCGGUGGGUGUUUCUCCAGAAGUUUCCCCCUGGGCGGCGGCGGUCGGUUCUGGAGCCGCGGUAGCCACGGUGACUACCAGGGAUGGCGGCAGCUGCAGGAGGACCUGCAAUACCCCAGACCAGGUUUCCCCAGACCUUCCCAGAUGCUCUGGUGGAUAAGGACCCCCAGGCGGCGUUAGAGGAGCUGACAAAGGCGUUGGAGCAGAAACCGGAUGAUGCACAGUAUUAUUGUCAAAGAGCUUAUUGUUACAUUCUUCUUGGGAAUUACUGUGAUGCUGUAGCUGAUGCAAAGAAAUCUCUCAGACUUGAUCCCAAUAAUUCCACUGCUCUGCUGAGAAAAGGGAUAUGUGAAUACCAUGAGAAAAAUUAUGCCGCUGCUUUAGAGACUUUUGCAGAAGGUCAGAAGUUACAUAGUGCAGAUGCUGAUUUCAUUGUCUGGAUUAAAAGGUGUGAAGAAGCUCAGAAUGGAUCAGAAUCUGAGGUGUCUGCAUCCCAGCGGACUCAGUCAAAAAUCAAGUAUGACUGGUAUCAAACAGAAUCUCAAGUAAUCAUUACACUUAUGAUCAAGAAUGUUCAGAAGAAUGAUGUAAAUGUGGAAUUUUCAGAAAAAGAGUUGUCUGCUUUGGUGAAACUUCCUUCUGGAGAGGAUUACAGUUUGAAACUGAGGCUUUUUCAUUCUAUAAUUCCAGAACAGAGCACAUUUAAAGUACUUUCAACAAAGAUUGAAAUUAAAAUGAAAAAACCAGAAGCUGUGAGAUGGGAAAAAUUAGAGGGGCAAGGAGAUACUCCUCAACCAAAACAAUUCAUAGCAGAUGUAAAGAACCUAUAUCCAUCAUCAUCUCAUUAUACAAGAAACUGGGAUAAAUUGGUUGGUGAGAUCAAAGAAGAGGAGAAGAAUGAGAAGUUGGAAGGAGAUGCAGCUUUAAACAAAUUAUUUCAGCAGAUUUAUUCAGAUGGUUCUGAUGAAGUGAAACGUGCCAUGAACAAAUCAUUUAUGGAGUCGGGUGGUACAGUUUUGAGUACCAAUUGGUCUGAUGUAGGUAAAAGAAAAGUUGAAAUCAAUCCUCCUGAUGAUAUGGAAUGGAAAAAAUACUAAAUAAAUGAACUUGACAACA